AUGGCUGCUUUUGCCAACCUCAACCUGUUGGCAGGCGGUGCUACUUUGUCAACCACGACCAUGACAACAACUUCUAACACACUCCAUCUUCCAGCCUCGAAUACUAUUGGGGGUACCUCGACCCUUCCAGUGGCAGCGCCUCCUCCGGUAACUGCAGCCAGCACUGCGACCGUCGGGACCCCUAGCACGACCAGCAGCAUUACCAUUACCACCCUCGCCCCGUCGACUGCGGGUUCUACACCUGCAGCGAUGAUGACGAUGACAACCCCUUCCCAUGCUAAACGCCCAGUAAUAAUUUCUAUGUCAUUACUUCGGGCCAGGAAGUCGGCCUGUUUUUUACCUGGAAUGAAACGGCGGAGUGGGUUAUCAGCAUUCCCAGAAACAACCUAUAACGACGAGGAGGUUCACGUCACCCCCCUCGCCGGCUCCUGCUUUGACGUUUCAAUUGAGGACGAGUGGGGCACCCUUGAUUGGUCUAGUGAUGAUGAGGAUAGCUUUGUGACUGCCAUGAGUCAGGCAUAG